AUGUCUCCGUGGCUCCCGGUAACCUUGGCGAUCUACUUGGUUUUGAGGCAUUCCUGUGUAGUGCGGCUGCCGGAACUUAGCAGACUCAAUGCCUGCAGCGUGCAUGAGCUCACCGAAGUGUUCGACGUGCUCACUUCCUGGCACCCAGUUGACAGCCCCGAGUACGUGGCUCUGUACGCACUGUUCAGAGAGUCUUUCACGAGAAGACGCGGGAGCAUGGACUUCCCGAGUCUGAUUGCUGCGGCGCCCUUUCUGGCAUUACAGUUUCGCAGAGCGCUGCACAGCAGAUCGGGUCUAGGAUCCUUUGCUUUGAACCAGAUGCAGCUCUACUCGCAACGUUUGGAUCGCCGUUUUGGCGCUCCACAUACGUGGUCGCUUCCGCAGAGCUCAGUCGACUUCUAUCCUUUUGGCAUGGAUCCCCUCAGCAUGUCCAAAGAGGACGGCACUUCCUGCGCGACCUCUUGGGCCGUACAGGAGAGUCCACGGGACGUGGCCGCAGUCACUCCUGCCGAGCUUGUGGACAUGAUCCUCACCUACUGUUCGGCUUCAAAGAUGACCCCAGUGAGACCUGAAGCUCUUGUUCAGACUUCUCGUCGCAGCUUCAAGACCUGCCGACACUUCGUGGACACCGUCCUGCAGAAGGAGGCACGCCAGGGCGAGCUCUUGUGCGGCUCCAGCAAACUUGCUGGAUCGCUUGAGGUCGAUGCUACUUCCAUCGGCAAGUGGUGGGUCCCGAGAUCCCACACGUUGCUGCAAGAUCAGAUCCAGGCGUUGGAGGCUCGCUCCAAGAAGCACGAAGCUUACCCGGUGCACUGGCGCAUACUUGGCAUUCGGGAACGCAAGUCCUCCCGGAUCGUGGUCAAGUUUCUGCGACCUGUUUCUACAAUGAAAGCGAUGCUUCAGGCUGUGCUGCCACGCGGCAGACCUCCCAUCGAGAGUUUCCGCGAGAUCAUGCAAAGCAAGAUCUUGGAUCGUGCCACCCGCAACCGCAGUUGUCUUUAUGCGGACGGGGCCAAGUCCUGGCAGAAAGCGUCUGUGGCAACAGGUUUCAAGUGCGUUCAGGUUAGCCACACAAACCGUGAGUACUGCAAAGUUCUGUCCGACAGCAAGGUGCCCAAAAACUGUAGCACCUUGGCAGGCACACAGUGUCUGGACUCGGACUGGGGUGUUUUGAAAUGA